GCAGAUGAGUGACCCAAGACCCCAAGAGGAGACGUCACCUGCCCAAGGGCACUUCUAGCCCAGCCAACCUCAGACCAGGCACCCACCAGGAGCCCAGGCCCCAGAGCCAUGUUCGGGAAGAGGAAGAAGCGAGUGGAGAUCUCAGCGCCCUCCAACUUCGAGCACCGUGUGCACACUGGCUUCGACCAGCAUGAGCAGAAGUUCACAGGGCUGCCCCGCCAGUGGCAGAGCCUGAUCGAGGAGUCGGCUCGGCGGCCCAAGCCCCUGGUCGACCCUGCCUGCAUUACCUCCAUCCAGCCUGGGGCCCCCAAGACCAUCGUGCGGGGCAGCAAAGGUGCCAAGGAUGGGGCCCUCACACUGCUGCUCGACGAGUUUGAGAAUAUGUCGGUGACACGCUCCAACUCCCUACGGAGAGACAGCCCGCCGCCCCCCGGCCGCCCCCGCCAGGAAAAUGGGAUGCCAGAGGAGCGGGCCCCCACGGCCAGAGGGUCCCCAGAGAAGGCUGGAGGCCGAGGCCGGGCCACCAGUCGCAAUGAGGCGGGUGGUGGCAGCGGUGACAGGCGGCGGGUGGGGCCGGAGAAGAGGCCCAAGUCUUCCAAGGAGGGCCCAACAGGGUCCCAGGAGUCCUCCAGGGACAAACGUCCCCUCUCCGGGCCUGACGUCGGCACCCCCCAACCUGCCGGUCUGGCCAGUGGAGCGAAACUGGCAGCUGGCAGGCCCUUUAACACAUACCCACGGGCCGACACGGACCACCCACCCCGGGGGGCCCAGGGGGAGACUCACGACAUGGCUCCUAAUGGGCCAUCAGCAGGGGGCCUGGCUGCCCCCCAGUCCUCCCGGCCUCCUGCCAGAGCCCGUGGAACCCCCAGCCCUGGUGUGCUGGGCCCCCAUGCCUCGGAGCCCCAGCUGGCCCCUCCAGCCCGUGCCCUUGCCUCCCCUGCCGUGCCCCCUGCGACUGGACCUCCUGGGCCCCGCUCACCCCAGCGAGAGCCCCAGCGAGUGUCCCAUGAGCAGUUCCGGGCUGCCCUGCAGCUGGUGGUGGACCCAGGGGACCCUCGCUCCUACCUGGACAACUUCAUCAAGAUCGGCGAGGGCUCCACAGGCAUCGUGUGCAUUGCCACCGUGCGCAGCUCAGGCAAGUUGGUGGCCGUGAAGAAAAUGGACCUGCGCAAGCAGCAGCGGCGCGAGCUGCUCUUCAAUGAGGUGGUCAUUAUGAGGGACUACCGGCACGAGAACGUGGUGGAGAUGUACAAUAGCUACCUGGUGGGGGACGAGCUCUGGGUGGUGAUGGAGUUCCUGGAGGGAGGCGCCCUCACUGACAUCGUCACCCACACCAGGAUGAAUGAGGAGCAGAUCGCUGCCGUGUGCCUGGCUGUGCUGCAGGCCUUGUCGGUGCUUCACGCCCAGGGCGUCAUCCACAGGGACAUCAAGAGUGACUCCAUCCUCCUGACCCACGAUGGCAGGGUGAAGCUGUCCGACUUUGGGUUCUGCGCCCAAGUAAGCAAGGAGGUGCCACGGAGGAAGUCACUUGUCGGCACACCCUAUUGGAUGGCCCCUGAACUCAUCUCCCGCCUUCCCUAUGGACCAGAGGUGGACAUCUGGUCGCUGGGGGUAAUGGUGAUCGAGAUGGUGGACGGGGAGCCCCCCUACUUCAAUGAGCCACCCCUCAAAGCCAUGAAGAUGAUUCGAGACAACCUGCCACCCCGGCUGAAAAACCUGCACAAGGUGUCGCCAUCUCUGAAGGGCUUCCUGGACCGCCUGCUGGUACGUGACCCCGCCCAGCGGGCCACAGCGGCCGAGCUGCUGAAGCACCCAUUCUUAGCCAAGGCGGGGCCGCCUGCCAGCAUUGUGCCACUCAUGCGCCAGCACCGCAACAGAUGAGGCCCGCGCCCUGGCCCUGAACCAAAGAGCCCCUGGGGUUGUCCUGCCCUGCCGGAGGCCAGUAGGAGCCAGCCCGUCCUGCCAGCCGCCAGUCACUCCUCCCUGGGGCUCUGUGGACCCUACUACUGAGCUCUGGUUUUGAUUCUGGGACUUCAAACACCGCAGGGACCUGUGGGAGCAAGAGAGGCUCCCAGAACCCCACUCUCCAGGACAGGCCCUCCUGGUGCUCUCUCCCCAGGGAGGAAGGCAGCCACCAGCACUGGAAACCUGCAGCAGGGGUCACUGGGGGCAGAGAGAACACUGGGAGAGGGGUGUGAGAGUGUGUGUGUGUGUGCGUGUGUGCACGUGCAGAACAAGUCCAGCUUACUCUGCUCAGCAUGCAAGUAGCGAUCUCUGAGACCUGCCUGGCACCCAGCCCCCGCCCCCUGAGCCAUUGUGGGGGUCAGUCAUGAAUGUCUGAAGAGUGGCCUUCCCGGGAGCCCAUGCUCCCUUUCUGCUGCUGGAAGGGGACCAGUCAGCCCCACCCCCACAAGCCUCCGCAGCAAGUGACUACUGCACCGGACUCCUCCGUUUUCUACAAGUCUAUUUAUAUUGUCAUUUUAUAACACUAGCCUCUGCCCCCGCCUGGGGACAGGUAACCCCUGCCCUGUGGGGUGGCCUGGGGACAGAAGCCAC